AUGAAACUCUUUCAAGCCUGGAUUCCCCUCAUUUCCCUCUCUCUAUACCACCCUGCCCAAGUCUCUUCCGCAUUCACCUCGCCCCAGAUCGUCCUGGACGACUCAGAAACACACGGCCUCCCCAUCAACGCCUCGCUGGUCGUCAGCGGCUGCUCGAGCCCGAGCGUACCCUGGACUCCCUGCCCAUCUCUACCGUACUACGGUCCCACCAUCAAGUGCGCCACGAUCCCGGUCCCUCUCGACUACUCGGCCCCGUCCGGGCCCCAUGUCAAUAUCGGCCUGGUGUGCCUGCCCGCGACGAACGCGCCGAAGCGCAAGGGGACCAUCGUGUACCUCCCCGGCGGCCCAGGCAACACAGCCGCCGGCAUAGUCAUUGACGCCGAGACGGGCGCGAACCACAACCAGUACUUUGACCACUCGAAGGAGUUUUACGAUAUUGUCGGCAUCGAUCCCCGCGGCCUCGGCCGAAGCCAUCCCAUCAAGUGCCAGCCCGCCGACUGGAACUCGGACGUGACGUACUUCCCAGCCAACGUCGGCGAGUUCAACAAGCUGGUCGGCCACUACGCGGCCGUAGGGCCCAAGUGCGCAGCAGAGACGGGGCCGGCCGACCUGAUCAGCACGACCAACACGCUCACCAUCGUGCACGACAUCGAGCACGUGCGCACGCUGCUCAACGAGCCGCAACUCACCCUCUACGGUGACUCGUACGGCACCUUCACGGCACUCACCUACCUGGAAGAGCACGCCGCCACCACGCGCGCGCUGAUCCUCGACGCCGUCGUCGACCAUACGGUCGACACCGCCGUGCGGCUCCCGCGCGCCGCCGCCGCCGUCGAAGCGGCCUUCGGAGCCUGGGUAUCUUGGUGCGCCACAUCGCCCGACUGCGCGUGGCGCAGCCCCGAGAAAGACAUCGUCGCGCGCUUCGAGAAGCUGAUCGCCGUCGCCAACACGUCGCCAUUCCUCCCCGCGCCCGACUGCCUCGUGUCGCUCGCGUGCAAGUCGCCCGUCAGCGGCUACGACCUUCUACUAUCCCUGCAAGGCACGCUGAGCGCGCGCGCCGGCAGCGACGCGUGGAAGGCGCUGGCUGCGCGGCUGAACGCGGCCGAGCACGCGCGGGUCGCCGACGCGGCGUUGGCGCUGCCGUGGGCGGUCGAUGACGAAGACUCGGCGUUCACGACGCAGACGAUGCUGUGCCACGAUUUUGAUCACGGCGGUGCGGGGACGAUGUUUGCGGCCGUGGCGGCGCUGAUAGCGCAGGCGGCGGCGGCGGCUCCGCACACGCGUGGCGCCGGCAUCGAGUCGGUCGUGCAGACGGCGUGCGUGGGCUGGCCGUUCGGGACCACGUUUCCGCCUCGCCUGCUGCGCGCGCCGCCGCGCGGCCACGUGCCGCCUGUGAUUUUUGUGAAUGCGCAGAUUGACGCCGGCACGCCGCUUGCCGGUGCCGAGAACGUGUUUCGCCAGUUCGGUGGGGAUGCUAAUGUUGUGUUCUUGACGCGCCAGGGCGUCGGGCAUGGCACGUACCGCGACGGGAGUGGUGUUAUCCAUGGGUUGGUGGAGAAUUUUCUCGUCAAGGAUGUGUUGCCGGCGACGGGGGUCUACAAGAGCUAG